CGCCGACCCCUUCCGAGGCUCGGGAGGACAGACGCCCUUGGCACGGUGACGCAGGGGUGAAGCAGGGGUGACGUGUCUCCUGCCCCGGGGCGGUGCGGCAGCAGCGAGUGACGAAGCCCUGGGCCCUGACCCCCUGCCCCUGCCCACGCGGGUCUCCGUCUGGCGCGGAUGGGGACUGGGAACCCUUUGUGCUGGAGCCUGAAACUCCAGGCCGGUCGAGGCUUUCGGUGCGAUGACCCCUCCUUUGGCAGAGGGUGGGGCAAGCUCCGAAUCCCUGUUCUUCGGGGGUGAGUAUGUGAGGGCUGAAUUUCAAGCUCUUCGGAGAAGAGGACGUUUUCGGUCAUCUCUGAAAUAUUUAAAAGGUCACUGUGAGUAGAGAGCAGAGGCCUCUGAGGAACUCCUAAAGCAGCACUACACUGACCUGAAAGACCGCCUGCCCAUUCUACCCCGAGCUGGUGAAGUACAUGAAUUCCGGACCGGUGGUGGCCAUGGUCUGGGAGGGGCUAAAUGUCAUGAAGACGGGCCGCAUGAUGCUUGGGGAGACCAACCCAGCGGACUCUAAACCAGGCACCAUUCGUGGGGACUUCUCCAUUCAGAUUGGCAGGAACAUCAUUCAUGGCAGCGACUCGGUUAGAAGCGCUGAAAAAGAAAUCAGCCUGUGGUUUGAGUCUGACGAACUGGUGGACUGCGAGUCUUGUGCUCAUGACUGGGUGUACGCAUGAGAGGUGGAGCCUGCAGCCGUCUCCCGCAGCACCGCUUCGUGCGUCCCUGGACACGGCUUUUCAUUCCACUGACUUGGAAGCAUCGGGCUUGGUCCUUCUUUUCUGAAGCAUAUUUACUAAUAAAGCCUUUGGAAACUGGG